GAAACUUAACGGCAUUCCUCUUUUAUUCAUUGCAUCUUUUAUUGGAAGUAUAGAAGGUGUCCAUCACUAUUCUGGAUGAAAAUGACAACAGUCCGGAGUUUGAUAUUACAUCGGAUACUUCUGUGAGCGUCGCAGAAGACACACCCAUGGGUAAAAAAGUGGCAGUGGUGCUGGGAAGGGACAGAGAUGCUGGAUUAAAUGGACUGGUGAAUUUCACUCUGGUGGCAGGCAACAUGCAGGAUGUGUUUAAGAUCAAGACAGUCAACAACAGCUAUGGCGAGGUUUUUGUCAAUGCUCCUCUGGACCGAGAGUCAGUCGACCGCUACCUAUUAAAGGUGCGUGCCACUGACAAUGGCUCACCGCCCAGAUACACAGACCACUCGCUCACAAUCAACAUCCUGGACGUCAAUGAUAAUGCACCUGUUAUUGAAAGCCCGAGGGGCUACAAUGUCAGCGUAAGCGAGAAUGUGGGAGGAGGUACAUCGGUUCUCCGAGUGAUGGCCACUGAUCGAGACAUUGGUCCCAACGCUAUGCUGUUUUACUACAUCACUGCUGGAAACCAGGACCUAACCUUCCGCAUGGACCGUGUGACCGGGGAGAUGGUGACACGUCCAGCCCCUCCUGAUCGAGAGCGCCAGCAGGAGUAUCGACUCACUGUCACUGUGGAGGAUGACGGCGCUCCACCUCUGUCGACCUCAACCACCAUCUAUGUUCACAUUGUGGAUGAAAAUGAUAAUGCCCCAGAAUUCCGUGAGGAGGAGUACGUCACAGUGUUGAGCGAGGGACCAGAGACAGUUGGAGCCACGAUUGCUACAGUAACGGCCAUCGACCCAGAUGAGGGUCUGAAUGGCACCCUAAGAUAUGCCAUCGCUGCGGGUAACCUGAUUCAGACCUUUAACAUCAACAGCAUCACGGGGAUAAUCACUGCCGUGAAGGAGUUGGACUAUGAGAUCAGCAAUGGACAUUAUAUACUGGUUGUCACAGCAACUGACCAGUGUCCAAAGCCUGCUCUUCGCUUGACAUCUAGCACAACAGUAUUGGUGAAUGUCUUAGAUGUGAACGACGUCACACCUACUUUCCCGAGAGCUUAUGAGGGACCCUUUGAGGUGACCGAGGGUCAGCCAGGACCCCGGGUGUGCACUCUUCGUGCCAGUGAUGCAGACUCCGGUCUCAACGGAAAAGUGGAGUACAGCAUCACCGGUGGAGAUAACCAAAAUGAGUUCAUGGUUUCUCCUGUGGAGGGGGAGCUUCGAGUGAGGAAGGAUGUAGAGCUGGAUAGAGAGACCACAGCGUUCUACAACAUCACCGUCACAGCUAGAGACCUUGGAACACCAUCUCGCAACAGUUCUGUGGUGGUGGGGGUAUUUGUCCAAGAUAUUAAUGAUAACGACCCAGUAAUCCUUAACCUGCCUUACAACACAAGUGUGAGUGAAUGGGCUCCCAUACACACCUCUGUGGCCAGAGUUGGAGCACAAGAUGCAGACAGUGGACGUAACGCACUGCUCACAUACAACAUCACUUCUGGGAACCUGGAUGGAGCCUUCUACAUCAAUGACACAACAGGUGUGGUGCAGGUGAACAGACCACUCGACAGAGAGCGAGUACCUGAGUACACACUUACUAUAACUGUCAAGGACAACCCAGAGAAUCCCCGCAUAGCUCGCAGGGAUUCAGACUUCUUGGUCAUCACCAUUCUGGAUGAAAAUGACAAUAGGCCUAUUUUCACCAGGAGCAGCUACAGAGCUGAAAUCACAGAGAACUCUGCUGCAGGCAGCACUGUAACUGUUUUAAAUGGACCGGUUCUGGCUGAGGAUAGAGAUAUUGGGCCUAAUGCUGUGGUGAAGUACCGCCUGCUUGGAGCAAGAGUUGACCUCUUCACUGUUGACGCCAAUACCGGCAUUAUACUGGUCCGUCAAGGAGCAAAGUUGGAUCGGGAAGCUUUUCAGGAGCCUCGUGUUGAGCUGAUUCUGGUUGGGGAGGACAUAGGAGGUUUAAAUAACACCGUCCCCCUCACAGUGACAAUCUUGGACCAGAAUGACAACUCUCCUGUCUUCAAUCCAUCUAGUUUUAGUGUUCGACUCCCUGAGAACAGCCCAACUGGUGUGGUGGUGACCCAGCUGUCUGCCACCGAUGCUGACUCCGGCUCUAACGGCUGGCUUACGUAUCGGCUGGAAAGUGGCGCUCAGGACCGUUUUGUGGUUGACCCGGUCUCUGGUGCUGUCUUGGUGGGCAACACCACACUCGACAGAGAAGAACGUGGCUCCUACCGCCUUGUGGUGAUGGCAACUGAUCGCGGCACGCCCCCGUUGUCAGGCACUGCUACCCUGACAGUCAUCCUGGAUGAUGUCAAUGACUCAAGGCCACGUUUUAUAGAGCCUGUAACCGUGAUAAAUGUCAAUGAGUCCACACCACCUGGGGUGGUGGUAGCUACGCUGACUGCUGAGGAUCCUGAUCUGUAUCCCCGGCUCGAGUAUUACAUCAUCUCAGUGGAGGCAAAGGACGAUGGGAACAACCCAGUGAAUGGCCUGCAACAGUCCUUUGGCAUUGAUUUACACACAGGCGCAGUGUUUGUGCGCAACCCUCUCAACCGAGAGCUGGUAGCUACAUUCGAGAUCAUCGUGUCUGUCCAUGACAAUGCCAGCGAAGUCAUCGACAAGUCCGUCAGUGUUCCCAAUGCGAAACUAACCAUCAACGUGUUGGAUGUAAAUGACAAUGCCCCUCGUUUUCGGCCAUUUGGUGUUACCAACUUCACUGAGAAGAUUUUAGAAGGAGCUCAGCCAGGCACAACGCUGCUGUCAGUGUCAGCUGUAGAUCCUGAUAAAGGUCCCAACGGCCAGGUUAUGUACCAGCUGCUCCACCUGCCUCGAGGAGGAUAUGUUAGAUUGGAAGACCCUGCCAUUGGAAAGAUUGUAGCCAACCAGACAGUGGAUUUUGAGCAAGUACAGUGGCUGAAUUUCACCAUACAGGCUCAGGACCACGGCACGCCUCCUAGGAGUGCCGAGCUGCCAGUUUUCCUGCUUAUAGUGGAUGUCAAUGACAACAACCCUGUCUUUCUACAACCAUCCUAUCAGGAGCCAGUGUUUGAGAAUGUGAAUUUGGGCUCCACCAUAGUUCGAGUCAGAGCUACAGACGCUGAUUCUGGCCUAUUUGCUGUCAUUGAGUACAGCCUGGUAGAUGGGGAGGGCAAAUUUGGCAUCAAACCAUCAACUGGAGAGAUCUAUAUCCUCUCCCCUCUGGACAGAGAGACAAAGGACCACUACACUUUAACUGCUGUUGCUCGAGACAAUCCCGGCGGAAGCCCCAAUAACAGAAGAGAGAACUCCGUCCAGGUCCUGGUGACAGUCCUGGAUGUUAACGACUACCAACCCCGCUUCACACAGCGAGUGUACAACACCAGUGUGUUUGAGAAUGAGCCCAGUGGUACAUCCGUGAUAACAAUCAUGGCUGUUGACCUGGACGAAGGCGAGAAUGCUGCAGUACUUUACAAAAUGCUCGGGCCACUUUCAGAUGCAUUCUCCCUAGAUCCAAACACAGGACUUGUGCGUUCCCGGCGUCUGCUUCAGUCUUCAGAACGUUUCAACUUCACUGUGGUGGCUACAGACCAGGGACGUCCUCCUCUAUGGGGCACUGCAAACCUGAUCAUCACAGUCAUAGAUGUCAAUGACAACAGACCUGUGUUUGUCAGGCCGGCUAAUGGAACCAUCAUCCAUAUCUCUGAGGAGCAGCCACCAGGCCUGCCAGUAUAUGAGGUGUAUGCAACAGACUCUGACGAAGGAGUGAAUGGAGAGGUUCGCUACGCCUUCCUGCAGACUGGUGGGGGGAAUAGAGACUGGGAAAACUUCCAAAUCAAUGCCAUGUCUGGAGUCAUCACCACUACUGUAAAACUGGACCGGGAGAAACAGGCCCUCUACAGCCUUAUCAUUGUGGCCCGUGACAUGGGCCAGCCUGUGCCUUAUGAGACCACUCAGCCUCUGCAGGUGGCGCUGUUGGACAUCGAUGAUAAUGAACCUGUCUUCCUCAAACCACCGCGUGGCAGCUUGCCUUACCAGAAGAUGACAGUGCCUGAGCACUCUCCUCCAGGUACUGUAGUGGGGAACACAACCAGGGCUGUGGACGCUGAUGAAGGACCCAAUGCUGUUGUCUACUAUUUCAUUGCAGGAGGAAACAGCGAUGGAAACUUUGGCUUGAGCUUAGAUGGAGAACUGAAGGUUUUUAAGGAUCUGGACAGGGAGGAGACACCAGUCUACUCCAUCUUCAUCAAGGCUUCCAGCAACCGGAGUUGGACCCAACCCAGGGGUCAGAGGUCAUUACAAACCAAAGCCCUGGAUCCUUCUCUUGACCCAAGCCUGCUGGAAGUCCGAAUUGAACUGGAAGACAUCAAUGACCAGACACCACGCUUCACUAAGGCAGAAUACACUGCAGGAGUAGCAGCAAAUGCCAAAGUGGGUUCAGAGUUAAUUAAAGUGGUUGCUGUAGACAAUGACAUCGGCAACAACAGCAUUGUCCAGUACCACAUUGUCACCAUCCGCUACUUCCAGUCCCAGAGCAACGGCAGUGAGGAUGUCGGGAGUAUCUUCACCAUUGGUUUGACAGACGGACUCAUCCGCACCUAUGACCUCUUUACUGCCUACAAUCCAGGCUACUUCCAGCUGGAGAUUUUAGCAUGUGACUUUGCUGGACACAGUACAACCACUAACGUGAAUAUCUACAUUCUCCGGGAUGACCAGAGGGUGAAAAUAGUCUUUAAUGAGAUUCCUGAUUUUGUUCGCGAAAACCAGGAAGAUUUCAUCAACCUGCUGUCCAACAUCACCGGUGCCAUUGUAAAUUUAGAUGACAUACAGUUUCACGUGGACAAGAAAGGCAGAGUGAACUACGCCAUGACUGACAUGCUCAUUCACUUUGUCAACAACCAGACCAACACCAUCCUCGAUGUUGAAAGGGUAAUCCAGAUGAUUGAUGAGAACAAAGAGCAGCUUAGAAAUCUUUUUAGGACACACAGUGUUGUGGAUGUUCAGCCAGCUGUUGGUGACAAACUCCCUGAUGACAUCUCCACACUGCAGAUGGCCAUCAUUAUCUUGGCUGUGCUGCUGUGCUUGGCAGGAAUUUUGUUUGCAACAAUGAAUUGGCACUAUCGCAGAGUACACCAGAGGAAGCUGAAAGCAGUCGUUGCAGGAUCAACAGGAAACCAAGGUCUAAUGGAUAUCCUGGACAUGCCCAACACCAACAAAUACUCUUUUGAGGGGGCUAACCCGGUGUGGUUGGACCCAUUCUGCCGUAACCUGGAGCUGGCUGCUCAGGCUGACCAUGAGGACGACCUGCCUGAGAACCUCAGUGAGAUAACUGACCUAUGGAACAGUCCUGCUCGUACUCAUGGCACUUUUGGUCGGGAGCCUCAAGCAAAGCCGGAGGAUGAUCGCUACUUGAGAGCAGCCAUUCAGGAGUAUGACAACAUAGCUAAACUGGGUCAGAUCAUGAGAGAGGGGCCUAUCAAGGGUUCCCUGCUCAAAGUGGUCCUGGAUGACUACCUAAGGCUGAAAAAGCUCUUUGCAGCUCGGCUCGUCACCGUCUCCACCAGCCAGGGAGACCAGUCAUCAAUCACUGAGCUCAUCCAGAGUGAUCUGGACACCGAUGAGGAUGAGCAUCUGGGCCUGGGGGGAGGUCGCGGCACUCUGCGCUUCAAGCACAAGCUUCCUAUGGAGUUAAAGGGGCCUGAAGGCGUGCACGUUGUUCACGGCAGCACAGGAACCCUCUUGACCUCUGACCUCAACAGCUUGCCUGAGGACGACCAGCGGGCCCUGGCACGUUCUCUGGAAGCACUGAAUACUGAUGGAGUUUUGUAUUCUGAGCGCAAUGCCCGCACAGAGUCGGCCAAGUCAACACCAAUGCACCGUCACAAGAAUGGGAACACCCUGUCAGAGAGUCCACUGGAGAUCACAGAAUUAUGACUAGCCGAGGCCUCGCUGGUCUGAGAGCAACCAUGACUUGUGUGUGUCCUUGUGCCUCUCGCUGCCACCUUGAUAAGGGUGGGAAUGACUGGAGAGGAGUGUGUGUAGUCUAGGGAAUCUCAUCAGCCAACCGCAGUGCAGCCUGCUAGAGGACUUCACUCACCACUGGGCUGGGUUGAGUGGAUCUUAUGUUGACGAUGGUCUUGAGAAGGUUUAUUCAAAUGAAAGAAAAAGAAAAGCCACACGCAGGACGCAAGUCUUCAGCGAGACAAAAGACAACUGGAAACAUUAAAUGUCGUCCAAAGAGCUAAGUGGAGGACAUGGUCUCAGUCUCCUCAUGGGAAAAAUUUGUUGAACCAUGACCUUAAUAUCGUCAAAACGUGCCUCAUUCUCAUUGAUCCUUUUGAAGUUAUGCCUGGACUGCAGACACUCACACACACAAAUACAAAUACACACACUAAAGAAUAAGAAUAUACACACACAUUAAGACCAGCAGAUGGCCAAUAAUGGAACAGAAAAAAUUAUAUAAUCAGGCUGAUAUUUUCAUCUUUUGGCAAGAUGAUUUACUCAGUGCUGAGUGGGCUUGGAUGGGAAGAUUUUUCUUUUUCAAUGGAUACAUUUUGAUGUUUGGAAAGAAUCAAUGAAUAUUUCACAUUGGAUCUUGCAUUAUUAUCAAAGUGAUGGUUACUCUGGUGAGGAGUGACAAGAUGCUUUGUCAUUAUUGUAUUUUGGUGCAAGAGUUUUUUGUUUAAAAAAAAAAAAAAAAGUACAGAGUACUCCAGUCUGGAUGGAUAGGAGCAAACCUUCAUACAAUGGUCCACCUCUCCAUCGUUAACAUGGCUGUGACAGUCAUACAAGGAGAACCCGUAACUAAAUGAUUUCAUAAAUGACUGAAGAUGGAGGUUGCUGUCUGGGACUGAAGCCAGAGAAAAAGAAAAAAAAAAGUUUGAUUUAUAAGGCAAUUAAAGACUUAUAAAUAGAAAAAAAAAUAUUUUGAUAAACAUAAAGAUGGCAUUGUGGCCACACAGACUUUACACUGCCACCUGGGGGAGUAAAUGUCAUGCUCAAAAUGAGCAGUUUUGCUUUAUUUUUUUACUUUAUAAAUUAAAGAUGGAAUAAAAUUAUUUUUUAAGAAAAAUGCUGGCUUACCAAAACAGGUAAUAAUGUUUGGAUGUUUGGAGUCCGAGUAUAUUGUUCUAUGGUGACAUGUCAAUUUGCUUCCUUUAUAUGACAACUGAUGCUGUUUGACGAGUGAUGUGUUUUAAAAAAUUAAUUUUUUAUAUUCUCAUUUUGUAAGUUUUUAUUUCUGUCAUUGUCACCAGCCCUGAGAUCUGUGUUGGGAAAUGUUGUGGGAUGAUCUGUGAUAAUAAAAGAAAUAUGCAACG